AUGGAAUCAUGGCGGGCGCGAGGGUUCGUACCGGACUCGGACUCGGAGGACGGACUCGACAGCCAGGAGACAGGAGACUUGAAUCAUGCUGUCGAAGAUUCAGUCGCGGAUAUCGGUUCUGCAGUUGCAGUAGUUGUGGAGGGUACUACUGCCCUGGAUCGAAAGGAUGAAGCUCAACCUGAGGUGCAGGCAAAUGCCCCUCAGGACAGCAAUGUCGAAUAUGGCCGUCCUGUGACUCUUUCAAAGAAUCUAAAUAGUGCCUCCGGGCCAACAGAUCAGCAUGAUGGGAGUAACAAAGCCGUGGAAGAAUUGUCUGCGAUUUCCGAGCACAAGGAGAUACCUCGUGCUGAGGAGACUAUUGAUGAUUCUCACAGGCCUACACAAUCUCUAGAAACACCCAGCAAUCGGUCAAAGUCUGUCGAAGAGGACGACAAAUCCGAGGAAUCGUUGCAUGGACUCUCUAAAGACGAGGAAACUCCUCGUGCCGAGAAGAAGAUUGACGACUUUCGCCUGCCUACGAACUCUCCAGAAAAAGCUAAUGCCAGACCGACAACAGCUGAUGAGGAACUGUUGCCUGGAGUCGCUGAGGAUGAGGAGACCCCCCGUGCAAAGGAAAAAGACGACUUUCAGCUCCCUGCGCAACCCUCAAACGCAACUAAUGGUUGCGCACCGCCUACCCCACGAGCCAAGGAGCACGAUAGUAUCUGGGAUUUCCCAAGUUCAGAAGACGAAUUGCAAUUCGACUACCGACCGUCAAGGAGACCGCUUCAUGUCUACUCAAAGAAUAAGCUCGACAGCCAACCGCGGCAAGAUCAGGAGAACAAUGACUUGUCGACUCCUUCAUCCCCCCUAUCGUCAUUGGACUCAAUUCAAUUUGACGAGGAUGACCAAGGCGGCCAGGAGCAACCAGAACAACCGGAGCGACCAACGAACAACUUCCCCGAGGAUUUGCUGCCUCCACUCGAUCUCCCAGAGGAAAUACUGCGGGAAAUGUCACCGCCGGCGCGAAGAUCAUUACGAGAACGCAAAGCCAUUCAAUUGCAUCCUUACAUGUUGGAGGACGCCAAGUAUCGGACCAUGAUGCGCGCACGAGGCGUCAAGCCUGUACGGGUGGCUCAGCCGGGAUUGGCUCAGCCUACAGGCGAUGAGAGCCAAGGCAAGGAAUACGUUGACACCGCCGAGCCCAUGUCUGAUAGCUUUGGAGCAGAGUUUGAGUUUCAACCCUCAUCACCAAUAGAGACUCGUCCUGCAGAAAAAAGGUUGUCUAGAAACUCCCCGGAACCUGCGCUACAACAUGGUUCUCCACAAUUGGGCCACUCUCCAGCUGGGGUGCUAGACCGGCAACCGAAAAGGCGCAAAUUGUCCAGGCCUCAUCACGAGCACCGAUCUCACACGCGAAAUCUGCAACAGCCAAGUGUAGUAAUCGUGAAUUCAUCUCCCGUGCGUCAAAAUAAUGCUUCGAUCUUCGGUGUCCCAAGCCCACCCCGUUCGGAGGAGAAUGCUACUUCUUCGCCCGCUACAGCACCUUCCAACGUUUUUCGGUUCCCUCGUGGCUAUACACCACCAUCGGUGACUACCAACACAAAAUCAGGACAUGGAGAUACGGCUCAAGAGGACAAUGGGAUGGACUGGUCUGGAGGCGAAGAGGAUGGCGACCCUGUUGAAGCUCAUCUGGAAGCGAAUCCUACGCAGUCAAACUCUGAAGCCGAGGAUGCAAGCGCGGUUGAGAGCGAGAACGAGGACUUUGAUGUCAGACUGUAUCAGCGUCGAAUUAAAGGGGUCUUACCGGCGUCGUGGCUGAGAUUAGACCAGAAACAACAAGAAGGACGCUUAAGUGCUACGCAGCGACAGCGCGAAAGGAUGCAUUUCAGAACGGAAAAUGCAAAGGGCGUUGCACGUAAAAUAACCAAAAGUAACAGUACGACAAUAGCACCAGGCUCGGACACAAAGCUUUCCUCGCUGAGACAGCUUGCUGAUCCGGAUUCUGGCGAUGAGGAUGAAGCUAAAGACGGGGACGACACGGCCAAUUCGCGGCAACUACUAGCUAACCUUGGACUUGAGCCAUUCGAUGAUAAUGAAUUCGGGGAGGACAUCCCGGAAGACAAUCGGAUUGAUUACAUGCUCCCACCUGCACCUCGUGCCGCCUCGACCAAGACCCGGCAGCCAGGAAAGAAACGACCUACGUCGCAGGGUAAUAGCAUACGCUCUGCUCAUGCGCCUAAACGCCCUCGGAUGAAGAGACAGACAAGGCUUACAGACCCUGCUUAUGGGUCUAGAAAGCAGAAGAGAUCUACGCCCAGCAUGCCUAGAAUUGGUAUUCUUGACGCACCAGAUGUUGCCUCUAGGUCCCGUGGUGAGCAACCGCUCUUUCUUAGGAUCGCCGCAAGAGAAGCACGCUCUCGUCAGGACAAAGGGAGACGAAGUCCCACACGGAAAGUUUUCAACUUCAGUUCGCGUGUGGAUACGGAGGACGCCAACAAGUCGUUGCACGAUUGGCAAGAAGGACGGCUUCGACAAAAGAAAUUGCCUCCGUCUCGGCCCAAGACCAAGGUAGCCGGACGGCAACCGCUGGCUGUUCUUUCUUCGAACCGGCCAGCCAGGUCUCAGGGAAGAGCUACCGAAGGAGCGAGUGAGAGCCGUAGGAUGGAUUCUUCGUCAGCUCCCCCAUCCAGAGCGGACAGUACAGCCGAUGAGCACGCCACUAAUACUGAACGUCGCGUUCCUGGUCAAGUAGCUAAGACAGCUGUUAACCCUAGCAGGCUGAUGCAACCAGAGCAACGGUCUAACAAAUGGAUUGUUCGAAGAAAUCUGGCCAUUACUUCGUUGACAAGGCAAGACCCGCGGCCAGCAAUGCUUGAGGUAGCAAACCCUCGUGGCAAGCCUGCAUCACCGUUGUCGUUUCAGAGGUCUCUUUCCUUGAUCAAUCGGAACUAUCGGCAUAAAGGCCUACCUAAAGCACGCCAGAGUAAUUUGGUCUUAGAUCGCUUCAUCUCAAGCCGCAGCUCAUCUCCUGCUACUGCUGGCGCCCAGACUACUGGUACGAGUCAGCCUACGAAUAAACCGGACGCCCGACCGCCAGGGGCGCGUCCACAAGCUCAGCGCCAAUUGAAGAAGCGGCCGCCGAAGCGGCUGGCAGUCAAUGACAACCAAUAUCAACAACAUUUGAUUCUGGAGUCAACGGAUCCAGAACCUUUCCUACAGAGUGGGGACUUGCCUAUAGAUAGCUCAUCCGAUGCGCUUCAUGGGUUCAAGCCUUCAUAUAGCGUGGCCUUCAGCAUAUUUCCCUUGUCUACUGGCACAUUCUUCCACCAAACCACUUUCCUCGGAAGUGGGAAGUUUGCGCACUCGCUUGAGUUUCUUAAGCGAGAUCUUGACAAAGAUGCUGGUUUCCUCUCGUUUAAGACUGGGGAUAGAACCUAUCGUUGGGGUUCUUGGAAUGACGCGGUGUCUUCGGAAAUAGGUUUGGUCUUGGACAGCAUGAUUGAACUGAUUGAGAAGAGCGACGCCGGGCUGACUGAAGGGCCGGAGAAUGCUGAGAAGGGUUAUUGUAGCCUAUACAAGUACUUGGUCAAGUAUGUCACGGACACGCUCUCCUUCAUCGACCCCAUCGACAGGAUAGGAUUCGUGAGACGGGCUCUGAGCCUUGUCUGCAAGCUCAAUGAUACUCUGACAACUCUGGUCCCAAAAUCUGAGCGCGAGAUAGGGUACUUGGCAACGAUAUGCUCGUACAAUUCUGUAUUUACGUACCAAAUUCUUCAGAUUUCCGGGCAUGAUCUUGUUGAUGAUGCGCUUACCCAGGAGGCGUUGAACGCGUUGACGCGGGCUGCCCAACAAACUAUCACACUUGUCACAGCCCCAUUGGGACAGAGCAGUAUCCGCAAACUGUUAGCAAACAUCGAGUCUCCUGAAAAGCGUGACGCAGGAAUUCAGAGCGACCAUCUUGUUGCCGAAGCCUAUGUUAUUGUCCGACACAUCCUUCGCGGUACAGAUAGACUAAAAGGAUGUUUUGAGGAGCUUCUGACGAAAGCCUACUCGAGUCAAGAUAAUGACUUGGUGAACCUAACAGAUAUCAGCCGGCUAGAGCGGGUGUGGCACUGUGUGUUCACCACCUUGCCUUUGGAUGAGCUCGAUGCUUCUGGCAUUGCUCGGAUAGGGUCGCGCUUUUGGGAGGCCCAUGGGAACUGGGCCAUUAUCAAGACACUGCUCCGUCCAGUACUUGAUCGCUACGAUGCUACGUCCAUAACACAGCCAAUCUCAUACUACAAGUACUGUAGAACUUUGUUCCACAGAUGCUUCUACCUCAUUAAUGGCUGGGGCUGGAGAGACUGCAAGCCAAUACUUGACACUCUCUACGAUUUCUUCGCGAAGAAUACCCUGUAUAACCUGAAGCAUGAGGAGGGUUACAGGUCCCCUGCUUUUCUCGACGAACUCGACCAGAGACCUUCCUUAGAAGUGCAGCCAGACGACCCGUGUUUUCACGUUCUGCUGAAGAUCAUUGCGAGUGGCCUGCGCUACCUGGCUAGGAUCUAUGACCAAAAGAAAGUUCGCAACUUUGCAUGGCGCCUGCUUCCAAAUCAUGGCCGCGUUUAUCCCAAAGAGAAGCCAAUACGUCAGGAGGACCUGGAUGCAUUGAGGAACCACCAUGAUCUCCUGUGUACAUUGUAUUACGCUGUUCCUGACGGGUGCCGGCCUCGCCUUCAGACAAUCAGAGACCUUGUUCACCCAGCCAGCUCCCAUCGUGAGACAUGCAACAUCAGUAUUCGCUCCUGGGCUAGGCUAGUCCGCUUCAAACUCUCGACAGAUGAAGCUGUUACUGGUCUUGAACCUUUUUCUGACUGGCACAGUUAUUUUGUUUCCGAACUGUUGAAGCAGCAUGCGCUUGCGCGCCACGAGGUUGAAUCACAGAACACUGCGGGCAGCAGAUUCUCCGAUCAGUUAGUUGAGAGAACGAUUGCACAGAACCAACGGCAGAUCGAGUCCUUGCUGAAGACCGCGCUCAGCGGCCUGAAUACUGCCAUCCGCUCAGCACCAACACUGCAGCACGCCCAUAAGCUUAUCUUGGGAGCGCCUAUUAAAGCACUCCUUGGUCUCUUCAACGCCCGGAUUGCUCGUGUCAAUACCACUGUCUCUGAGACGCUCCAAGUGAUUGUCACUUACGUUCAGAAAUGUGAUCCUCCGGCAGCUGAAAAAGCAAGUGCCCCUGUGGCAGUUGAUGAAGACAGCCAAGAGUAUGGGGACUGGGCGGACAUUGCGGCUGCAUAUGAUGAGUCUCCAGUGAUAAGUCCAGAAAUCGAAAUUGUGGGAACUGUCCUUCAUCCCGCCGUGUUCCGGCUUAUAUCGAACUGCUUUGGAGAGGACUACUGUCCUGAAGAUGCAAUCCUGCUUAAUGUUGUGGAGUGUUGGACGUCUAUCGCGCAGACUCUGGUCAAACAUGGAUUACGACACUGGGACAGCUACCUUAGCCCCUACAACGGCGACUCCUGGACAUCACUCCGAUUAACGAUGCAGACGAGAAAGUUCACGCCUCUCUUCUUGGCAAGCAGCAUUGAGAGAGACUCACGGUUUGCAGUAGAUUGCAAAGUCCAAGUGAUCGGGAUGUGGGUGUCAAGUUUGGUAGAGCGAGUUUCGAUGCUGAAAUACCAACAUCGCCUAACAGAAGCUUUGCUGAACCAAGUGGUGACAGAUCCGAUAUUGCAGAAUCUGCCCUUUGCCAAGGACCGGAAAGAAGGAAGAUAUCUGAUCACUCUAGAGGAUCUAAGCCACCGCCGCGUUUCUCUGAUAUCCAGUGUCCUCUCCAACAUGCGAGCGCAUUUGCAAUUACUGGAGGAUGUGGAAGCCCGGGAGCUCUCCACUACUAAGCAAGAGUACCGGGAGAUCAUUCAAAACAUGAUGUCCGCUAUGAAGGCAAACUAUCUGGAACUGGGCAACGGUGCAGCCAGCGUCCAGGGCGCUUACGUGGAUUUUGUCCAUCGCAUCGUCGCCUUCCUGCAGCAGCACAGUCGAGACAUCUGCCCCAUCGACCCAUUCUUCACAGAUCCCGCGUCGUUCCCUCUACCUUCUGGCGACCCGACGUAUAUCGUGGCCCGGUUAAAGAGCUACGAGCCGAAACUUGCCUCGGAGAAAGUAGCAAAGACGCUCAUCAUGUUCAUUCAGAGUGUUUCUGAGCGAGCGGCGAUCGAUGGGCAGCAGGAUUACCUCGUCAACCAGCUACACGCAUCCAUGGCAGACACCUAUGAGGGUGGUCUUCCCGACAAGCCAACUCUGAGGGCGACCUUGUUGCAGGCAGUGUUCCCAGCCUAUCUCGAGGCGUCCUUCAGCAACCCAGCAUGCUGGAUUCUAAGCCGGCCCAUCAUCCAGACCAUCACGCUCGUCUUUCAGGAUCUCUUGUUCAACAUGGAUACCACAGACUCCGCCUGCGUGGCAUCCCUCGUGAACAUCAUCCACUCCGUCUUCCAAGCAUCACACACCGCCCUCCUGUCCAUAACGAGCAAUGCCACCAUGCUGAACGACCCUGCCGUAGCAAUCAGCGCCGCUGCCUUCAUUAAGAUGAUCACAGCCGCCUUGCCAAUCAUCGACUAUAUAGACCGAGCAACCGACAUGGAUCAAAGAAUCCUCGCUCAGAUACACGCCUUCCAACACUAUGUCACCUUCGCCACAAGCCAUCUCAACCAACCCCUCUCAACCACAGACCUAUACGAUAUACCCCAGUCCACCGAAGCCUUCAGCGCAGGAGACUCCCUCUCAUCUAUAGUCACGAACCCGCCCUUCUUCCCUGAUCUGCAGCGUUCCGCAGCACGAGAGCUGCACCUCUACCUCAACGAGAGCUGGUCCCGCCAUCAAAAGAAAUUCUACUUUACCAGACGCGGUGCGCACCAGCCCCAGGAAAUCAGCAUUCAGCCUUCUGUCGCUGCAGAACUCGAACAGUCUUCGCAGAAGAUCCUCGCCCCUGUUGUUCAAGAGUUCCUGGAUGUGAUGAGAGGACUUGAUCUUGGUUUAGAUGGCGACGAUGUUGAUCGCGCUGAGGAGUCUCUGUUUGCAGCUCAGCAUCCAGAUCAACCGUCUGAGUCUGCGAAUGCGAAUACGAUAUAUACUCUCGACCUUGUCGAUGUUAUUGGAUACUGA